AGUGACUCGACCGGAGCCUCCGCAUCCGAGUGGGAAUCCUUCGUGGAGUACUGAGACCAAAGAAAGCCGUUGGAUCUAUCCACAUCCGCAGAACAACAUGCCGCGUCUAAAACGUCCCUACAAGGAGUGGCUUAGAAACCGGGAAGCGCGGAGACUCUUGGACGAGGAGUUCCGGAAAUACCUCGGGGGUUCGCGAGAACAGAGUCGUCCGGCCGAGGACCAUUUGCCAUCACCAUCAUCACCACCGGCUCCGCCGGCUAAUCAGUUAGAAGUUAUACCUCCCCCUCAACCACCUUCACCUUCCCCUCAACCAUCUUCACCUCUCCCUCAAACACCUUUAUCUCCCCCGCAAACUCCUUCGCCUCCCCCUCGAUCUCCUUCACCCGUGUUUUCGGACGCACUGAUGGAGAGAAUCUUUCCAGAUACUCCCCCAUUAUCACCCGAUUCGUCGGUCGAUCCUAUCCCAAUUUCCCCCAGAGGAAUUCUGCCCCCGACGAACUCCACGGACAGCGUGGAGUUCUUAGAGGAAAUUUCUCCGCCCCCACCUAGAUCUUAUUUCCAAAUCCUAGAGAAUGACACUCUCGAGUCACUCAUCAGUCAAUUCCCGCGGACUACUACCGCAUCUAUCCCUCAGGGGGCCUACACAAUCGGCCCUCAUUACUUCGAUCCUGAGGAAAUCCGGAAUGCCAUCACCGGCCAAAACUCAAUCUCCUGUAUUCCUCCCGAACUCCGCCAAUCCAUUCCUAGUUCCAGUGGAAUUCUUUUACAAUCUUUUCCCUCCUUCCUCCGUUUCCAUCCACGAAAUAGAUUAAUCAAAUCCCAUCCGAUUCUCCCGACUACUCGAUGUACAUAA